UCGAAGAUCUUCCUCUACCAAUACAACGCCACCGCCGUAUACGGGAAGGAUCGAAGCACCUUUAUCGACAAAGCCAACGACCUUCUCAAAGACAUACGGCUAGAGCGGGAAGAUGUUAAUUCUCGACCGAUACUCUUUUUAGGACAUAGCAUAGGCGGGCUAUUGAUCAAGCAGGCACUCAUCAACGCACACAACAAUCCCAACUACACACCUAUCAAAGACGCCACCAAGGGGUUAGCAUUCUUCGCAACACCCCAUCACGGCGGCGACUGGAAACUAGUGAGUCUUAGAAGUCUAGCUACCAAGAUCGCUACAGCGACAGGCUUCCAGAAAGGCGAUGAUAUGUUGGAGACAUUGAAGCAAGGGAGCAUUUUUUCGGAUAUCAUGAACGAGCACUAG